AUGUAUACUAAACGACGGAAAAUUGAUGACGUUUCGUCGUUUAAAAGCAACGCACAAAAUCCAAUUGAUGUAAAUGAUAUAAAUGGCAUCAAAAAUCAUAGUAACAGAAUUGACACUAACAACCACCACCAUGAUACUCAAAAUCACACUAUUGAUAACAACCAAUCAAAGUCGGAAUCACUCGCAUUCUCACUGCCAACCGAAAUAUUUAAAGAAAUCUUUGCAAAUUUUGAUAACAACUACCAAACCCUCUUAGCGUGUGCGUUAGUAAACCGUCAAUGGUGCAAAAAUGCAGUUCCAAUACUAUGGAGAGUACCAUUCAAAAAACCCGGCAGCGCUUCAUCUUCAACAAAAGUCUUUGAAAUGUUUGUUCGUUGUCUAUCGCCAAAGGCAAGAGCACGACUGAUAGCCGAAGGUAUCGAUGAACUUCCAAAGCCGGAAUAUCAACCUACUUUUCGAUAUUUGAAUUUCCUGGCGUGUUUGGACUUUCAGUUGCUUUGGGAGACGACGCAUGAAUGGCUGGUGAGACGUCCAAAAGGAAUUGUUUCGAUGGAUGCGCAUAUAGUUAGAGUUGCGCAUUUGAGUCGUGAGAUUUGCACUUGCAUUUUUCGGUCGUCGGAGUGUUUGGAGCAACUGGUUGUCUCGAUGGAUUCCUCACAACUUUCGAGAGUUCCCGAGGCGAAUUUUGUGUUUACUUUUUUUCCGGGUGCUGUUAAUUGUCUGCCGGGGAUAAAAGAAUUGCAAGUGUGUGGCGAUUAUUGUCUUCCGAUUUUGUGCAAGACACUGUCACAGAUUUGUCAGCAACUAGUCACGUUACGAAUUGAUGCUCCGCCCGAAACAUCAUCCUCGUUGAGUCAAGAAGAAACUUCAAUAAAUUUGAUUCGAGCACAAAAAAAUCUCAAACAUUUCCAGCUAUACGGCCAUAAUAAAUCAACUUUGUCACUAUUGUUAACGCCAAUUUCAACUUGUGCUCAUUCUUUGGAAUCAUUGAAAUUUCAGAAUAUAAAUUUCACAUCAAUAUCCCGUAAAGCGAUAAGUUCACUGUGUUCUUGUGUCAACUUGAUUGCCCUCGAAAUCACGAAAUGUCGAAGUAUUUCCUCUCUGGACCUCUUUGAAAUCGCGCAAAAGUUCACGAAGCUGUUGUACUUUUCAUUUAAUCCAUAUCCAUCAUCUAUUCCAGAAGAAUUCGCGAAAUCUAUUCUGACUACUAGCCAACAAAUAGAAUUUUUCUCGUUAAAAUAUUCUAUUCAAAUCAAUGAGAUAACUCGACUAUCCAACUUGAUAUUUCAAGCAAUAAUAGCAUAUGGAAGUAAACUCCUGUUCCUGGAGCUUCCGAUCCUCGAUGAGACACAAAUAACGCAGAUACUGUUGACCUGUCCGCGAUUAGAAGAAUUUCUAUUCUGGGUUCCUGAUUCGCCUACUCGGGUCGAUCAACAUUUACGCAAUUUGGGAAAUAUGUCACCACCGAGUUUAAAACAUAUAUGCAUAAAUGGAUUGAAAAGCAUUCAGUUCGAGGUCGAUUCGUUGAUAGCUUUUUUGGAUAGUGAUACUAGAAAGUCGCAAAAGCAUCGUUUGACGACUAUAAUCAUGCACGAUUAUGAAAAUUUAGAGUUAGCUGCAAUCUUUAAACAAUACGGUGUGAAUGACAAGUAUCCAGAAGAUCGGAUUGCUCGUAAGUUUAUUAUUAUCAUUAUGACGCAAUUCUUGUAA